GUAGAUACGAGCAGAUGAAAGGAAAAUUUCGUUCCACGAAAAUAAUUGCAUGCAGACUCGAGAGGCGCUACAUACAGGCUAGGCUAAUGUCGUAAAGAGAGAAGGCUCUUGGCGUCGUGUCCACAGUUCCAACUACACUGGCUGGAAUACGGGUAACGGCGACGGUAUAUCAAGUCAUUGUAGUACUACACAUUGUACUUUGUAGUGUCAAACAGUUUGGGGAGCUCAGUUUGCAACCCAUUAAUUUUUAUUUUGAAAGAGCGGACUACAAAGUCCAGACAGUAGCCUGAGUAGGCUACACCUUCUAACAGGUACUAGGUACAAUAGCCAAGUGCUGCUGCCCUGUCGGUUUUCCAACCCCCAGGGCCAAGAGAGAGGUUUCGAGCAUGUCUGCCGCCGCCGCUGCUGUGUUUCAAGCUGGGCGAUCUUGCCGCAUUGGUGGACGAUUCAGUCAAUCAAAGCUGCUGCAUUCGAUUGUCAGUUCGCAGCCGAUGCAUUCAGCGAGUGCUGGAUCUCAACAGUGCAGAGAGAUGUCUUCUUUUUUCUUUUCUUAUAGUUCAAGUACAUUUUCUAGCAGCGGCAGUCCGGUUCAGAACGGCGAACGCGCAGACAUCGACAGUAGUGCAGCGAGCGAAGCCAGACCUCCCGUUGUGUUUGUUGUCGGAGCUGGCGAUGCCACUGGCGCAGCGGUCGCACGGCGUUUCGCACGCGACGGCUUCACGGCGUGCGUGUCGCGGCGACCCCGUCACGCUGCUCAGCUCCAGGAUCUCACAGAGAGCAUUCGCAGCGCGGGCCAUCGCGCCGAGAGCGUUCCUCUGGACGCGCGCAAACCGGACGAUGUGGUCGCUGCCGUGGACAGGAUUGAACGAGAUGUGGGGCCUAUCGAAAUAGCGGUGUUCAACAUCGGUGCGAAUGUGAAGUUUGAUACAGUAGAUACGACCCCAAGAGUAUUCAUGAAGGUGUGGGAAAUGGCCUGCUUUGCCGGAUUUCUCGUCGGCAAGGAAUGCGGACAGCGUAUGAAGCAGCGAGGACACGGAACUAUCAUAUUCACAGGUGCCACAGCCAGUGUGCAGUCGAAUCCUGGCUUCAGUGCCUUCUCCAGUGCUAAGCAUGGGCUCCGAGCAGUGGCGGGCAGUCUGGCACGUGAACUAGCACCUGAUGGCAUUCACGUGUGUCAUGUACUGAUUGAUGGUAUGAUAGACACGGCGUUCGUCCGCGACAACUUCCCGGCUGUGUACGCCGACCGUAAGCCACGCCAGGGCAUUCUCUCUCCAGACUCCAUUGCCGAGCAGUACGCAGCGCUGCAUCGGCAGCCCAAGGACGCCUGGACGUUCGAGAUGGACCUUAGGCCAUGGGUGGCAAAAUGGUAGUAGCGCUAGAUCGGCAACCCAAGGACGCCUGGAGGUUCAAAAUGGACCUUAUGCCGUGGGGGGCUAAGUAGUAGUAGCGCUGGCAAUGCCCCCCCCCCCCCCCCAUCCAUCCACAGUUUCAUGUUUCUGACAGUCACAAUGCCCAGCCUGCUGAGAAGUGGGUGGCAGAAUGGUAGACUGAUCAUUGCCGAUGCCCCAUUCCACCUCCGUUUCCGAUCGAUCACAAUGCGCACUCUGUUGAGAAGUGGAGAGCCACAACACAAGACAACGAGAGGAUUCAGCGGGAACUAGUCAGGAAACAGUGCAUGCAUGGCUGCUAUGUCAGCAGCGCCGGCUAUGUGUUCAGUGUACUCUCAGGUGGCAAAAGGUCUCGCUCGGGGUCUUGGCGCAUGGCACAGCUGACUCGCUCGCUGCUCCGCUGUCCUGCAAUCCGUACUGUCGUGACGGAUUGCUUGUUGGUUGCAUUAUGCUGCUACUGUCUCUAUUUCCAAGGAGACCACUGCACUUCUGUAGUCGGAACAGUCGCCGUUUUCCUCCGCUGUGCCGAGCACAGUUUGUUUGAGAGGAUUCGGUCUAGGUUUUCGUGACGGCUUGCGCUUUCCACCGCGGGUGUGGAUACCCGGGGCUAAAGACGUUACACCGACGCGGCGGGAUUCCACAAGUGGUGCUGUGACCAGGAUGUCUGCAAGGAAAGGGUGGCAAGCGGUGACCUCGGUCACAUGUUCCCACUGCACCAAGCUAGCACAGUGGUGGUGAUGCACAGACGAACGGCAGUGGUAGCCGUGUUGUCACGCUGCAGGAGGUUGAUGGGGCGAGUACUUUCCGGCAGUGGACCGGCCGACGGCCAGACAAGGCCUCGGAGUGUCCUGAAGACGAGGGGCCGCCAGCAAAGAAGACCAGGUUAGCCAAGGAGACCCUCUGCAGGCACUGUGGAUUUGUAGGCCACUCAAUGAUGAAGUAUUGCGUUGGAAUGCUGUAGCCCUGCAAGGGUCCGAACUGCUAAGUACUUUCUGGCUGUCGACCCAUCGCCGGGCAGACUAUGCCUCAGAGACGCAGAUGGCAAGGAGCUGCCAGCAAAGAAGGCCAAGCUAUGGCCGGCCAAGGAUCAAAGAGACCCUCUGCUGGGCGGCCGCCUCAAGAUGGACUGCUAUGUCGCCACACUGCAGCCCCGCAGGAGUCCGACUAGGCAAGCGCUUUCUGGCAGUCUAUCGGUCGCCGGGGAGACUAGGCCUCGGAGAAUCCAGAAGGCGAGCGACCGCCAGCAAAGAAGGCCAAUCGAGCCAAAGAGAUCCUCUGCUGGCACUGCGGUUCGGCUGACCACCGCAUGAUGGACUAACCGUCACACUGCCCUGGUAGUAUAGGUAGUAUAUGUGCCCGGACAGAGUGCAGGAGCCGGCAGAAAAGGCACCACUGUAGCGACCUGGACGGCUCCAACAGGGAGGUCAAGAUCUCUGCGUGGGGAGAAAAGACGCUGGCUACCCUUCGAAAGGAGAAGCACCUGAACGGAAGCUGCACCGAGAUUCAUGAUGAUGUCCUGUGCUGUGUCAUGAUGAUGAUGUCCUGUGCUGUUCUGUCACCUCAUACCUGUGCUGAUGAAUGUCAUGUAUCCUUGUACACUUACAUUGAAUAUGUUCAACAUCCUGCUCCA